AUUGUUUUGUUACUAUAAUUUAAAAAUCAUAAAAAUUGUUGUGUUUUAUUUCUAUAUCAAAUUAUAUUACUCAGCAAUCAUGCAAAACUUAGUGAAAGUCUGGAAGCUAGGUCUGAUGAGUUAUGACACUGCAUCUAAAAUACAAGUUGCUAUUGCGCGUAAACACUUGGACGCUAUGAUGAAAGGACUUGAAGAAAAUUAUGAUACACUUUUACUUGUUGAACACAAGCCAGUUUAUACAGUCGGUAUAAGAGAUGAAACUACAAAAGACGAAAUAUUAAGGUUACGCUCCCUCGGCGCAGAGUUCAAAAAAACGAAUAGGGGCGGCCUUAUCACUUUCCAUGGCCCUGGACAAUUAGUUGCAUAUCCCAUCAUUAAUUUAAAACAUUACAAAACUAGUGUCCGAUGGUAUGUCAACAAUCUUGAAGAAACUGUCAUCAAAAUGUGCGAGGAACUAGGCAUCAAAGCAAAUCGCUCCCAACACACUGGAGUCUGGGUGGAUGACAACAAAAUUGCAGCAAUAGGUAUCCAUGCAUCUCGUUAUGUCACCACCCAUGGUAUAUCAUUAAAUUGUGACAAUGACCUGUCUUGGUUUGACCACAUAGACCCCUGCGGGAUUGAUGAUAUGGGUGUCACAUCAAUAUCUAAAGAAACUGGACUUGAUUAUAGCAUAGAGAAAGCCAUCCCACUGUUCCUGAAAACAUUUAACCAUACUUUUGGAUGUAAAUGUGUAGAUUUAGAAGUACCUGUACAAGAACAAAUUUUGAAUGAAGUGUACUCGAAAUUGCUUACUCAAAAUGUUGCUCAGUAAUUGAAAAUUUUUUCAAUUGCCAGCUCAUAUGGGUAGUUCUAAUUUAAAAGAAUCUGUGCCAAGACCCUUUUUGAUGUGGAACGAUGUUACAUCUCAUUAAAAAAGUAUUAUUAUGCUUUUGUAAAUACCACAAUGGAGUAUGGGAAACAUUCUUAAAGAAUUAGAAUCAACCAAAUGUCUCAACUCUUACAAACUUUUAUAAAAUUUGUUGUUAUUGAUUACCCUUUAGCAAGUUGUAGAAAUUGUAUUUAUAUUUAUUACUUAAAUAGUAGUAUUUGCAAUCUAGUAAUUUAUCUAAGGUAAUAAAACUGUUUAUUUUACCACUGUUAAACUUAUUGAUUGUUGAAUAAAAAUAAAAGACAAAAAAUAUUUGUACAUGUUUAUUUCAU